UGCCGGGGGGAGGUGAGGGGGCAGGUGACAUGGCUCCUCUCGCUGCCUCCUCCCCCAUAAUUGAAGCUUUUGCUGCGUUCCGGGGAGGGUCCCUCCCGACCCCGCUGUUGUGCAACAGCGCACGGCUAUAAAGCGGAAGGCCUGCCUGCCCAGCGCCGCACUCUCCCUCUGGCUGCGUGCGCCUCUCUGCCUCUGCUACAGCUGCUCCAGAGCCUCCUCCUCUGCCGCCACCGCCGCCACCAUGCACGACCAUGAAAGCUGCACCUCCAUCAUCAACCUGCGCUACCGCGAAGGCAGCGAGGGCAGCCGCACCAACCCCGCCAACUUCAAGCACCAGGACUUUGAGCAGCUGAGGGACAGCUGCCUCCGGAGGAGGACGCAGUUCGUGGACCGGCACUUCCCGCCGCAGAACCGCUCGCUGGGGGACCUGGGGAUGAGCCGCGCUCAGCUCAACGCCGUGGAGUGGCUCCGCCCCUCGGAGAUCCUGAAGGCCAACCACGUGUCGGGCGAGCCCGUCUUCUUCUCCGCUGGAGCCUCGCACUACGACUUUGCUCAAGGGAACGUGUAUAACUGCUGGUUCCUGGCAGCCGUGGGGACCCUGACGUCCCAGAAGAGCCUGAUGGCCCAGGUGGUGCCCCUGGAGCAGACCUUCAACAACAACCCAGGGAUAUUCCACUUCAGGUUCUGGAGGUACGGCAAGUGGGUGGACGUCGUCGUGGACGACCACCUCCCGACCAUCAACAAGCGCCUGAUCUCGGUGCAGCCCAAAGACGUGCGCGAGUUCUGGGCGCCGCUGCUGGAGAAGGCCUACGCCAAGGUGUGCGGCUCAUAUGCCGACACCAACGCCGGGAACCCCACCGAGGCCUGCAAGGACUUCAGCGGAGGAGUUCACAAGACCUUCGAGCUGCGCAAGGGCCAGGAGGAGCAGGUGUGGACGGCUCUGGAGCGAGCCAUCAGCUGCCAGUCGCUCAUCUGCUGCGCCAUCGACCGCACCGGGAGCGGGAUGACGAACAGCGUGUUGAACACGGGACUGGUGGAAGGACACGCCUACUCCCUCACCGGCAUCACUGAGGUGGAUUACUACGGCUCCAAGGUGAAGCUGGUCCGAGCCCUCAACCCCUGGGGAGGACAGGAGUGGAACGGGAAGUGGAGCGACAAGUCCUCCGUGUGGGACAGAGUGAGUCAGCAGGACCGGGCCAAGUUCCUGGAGCGUGAGGAUGGAGAGUUCUGGAUCGAGCUGUCCGACUUCGACAGGCACUUCAGCAUCGUGACCGCCACCUGCGAGAACCCCAACUUCAUCGACGGGGACACCAAGGCCCAGUGGCAGUGCAUGAUCUACGACGGCAACUGGGUGGCGGGGCGCUCGGCCGGGGGGAGCCCCAGCAACUCCACCUACUCGGACAACCCUCAGUACCGGCUCACGGUCAAGGACACCCGGGACGCUGCCGACGACAUGAACAUCGUCAUCUCCUUGAUGCAGGUGCCGCAGCAGCAGCGCCGCAAUGACGCCAGGUUCCACCCCAUUGGAACCGCCGUCUACAAGGUCCCAGCUGGGGUGAGCUCCUCCUCUCCUCCCCUCCCUCUGUAA